AUGAAGAGCCGAGUAUACGUACGAUUUGACAGAGGAUUCCAUGUCAUUUGCCCAUACCAGGCAAAGUUGGCCGGAUCCAGAAAGAAUGAUGGCGCUGGCUACAUUUCCCCAUUGGCGUUGAAAAGUCCCAUUGGUCUGCAGCAUGAUUUGGAAGACGGCUGUCGUAUUCGUUCGGCUUUUGGCAAAUGCAUAGUAAAUUCUCGGUUUUUGGCAUUGAUUGAUGUUAGAAAGAGUGGUUUCAAAGAGCGCGGCUCCAAAGAACCUCACGGAAAUUCUUUCGUCUACUGGGUGACAUACUCGUUUCUUCAAUUUUUCGAAACAACUAUGGAUGAAUUACCGAGUGGACGAGGCAUGGGCGGUCGCCUACCAUUCAACCAGUCUUUCUGGGAGGAAUUUCUCAGUGGCCGCGAGGGCCAAUUACCUACUCUGCCGGAUAUAUCCCAUGUCAGUAAAAGCGUUAUUCGGAUCCUAGGUGGAAACCCAGGUAGCAUGCAUCUCCAAGGCACAAAUACCUAUCUCGUUGGAACUGGCAGAUCGCGCAUCCUGAUCGAUACAGCUCAGGGCCUCCCUGUCUGGAUAGACUGCAUAUCAUCGUUUCUGCAUACACAAAAGAUUGAACUUUCCUACGUUCUCCUUACCCAUUGGCAUGGGGACCACACCGGCGGUGUCCCAGACUUGAUUGCACAAAACUCUUCCCUAGCAGACAAAAUAUACAAAAAUCACCCCGACUCAGGCCAAAAUCCAAUCACACAUGGGCAAAUUUUCUCCGUGGACGGGGCGACAGUGCGUGCGAUCUUUACACCUGGUCACUCAGUAGAUCACAUGUGCUUUCUGUUGGAGGAAGAAAAUGCCCUCUUCACGGGGGAUAAUGUUCUGGGUCAUGGCUUCAGCGUCGCUCAGGAUUUGGGACGGUAUAUGGAUAGCCUAAGGGAUAUGGCUUCAUUGGGCUGCAGAAUUGGAUAUCCGGCACACGGGGCUGUGAUUGAAAACCUACCAGGGAAGCUAGAGGAAUAUAUACAGCAUAGGGAGGGGCGAGAGCGGAUGAUGUUAUCCGCGCUGACAAGGCAACGGGUCCGAGGUGAAGGAUUGCGGGAAGAAGGGGUAAAAUGUGGGCUAACGCUGAAUGAAAUUGUGAUGGCAAUAUAUGGAAAACUACCACCGGAGGUAAUUGAGAAGGCUUUGGCGCCUUCAUUACUUCAAGUGUUAUGGAAAUUAACGGAAGAUCGGAUGGUGGGGUUUAAGCCAGGGGAUCCUCUCAAGCGACAAUGGUUUGCAUUAGAACAGAGAAAACGGAAUAAGGCACGUGGAUACCCUAGUUAA